UAGAUCAUAGAUGCUUUACACAAAGCCUGGGUUAAGAUCCUAGAUGAUGAAGGUCUUUCUAUUUGAGUCAGACAAUACUGCAGGAGGAUACCAUUUAUAUUCGUUUGACUUCAUUUCUUAAAGAGAGGGUUGUUAACUCUGAUAAAGUAUGUUGGAACCUUUAGCCACCCAGUGGUAGAUCAACUAGACAACAUGCUGUAGCAUUACAUGUAAUACAGUACCAUAGAGUCAUACUCAUUGGCAGAUAAAAGAUGACCAAUAUAUAUCAUAAGUAGUAGGUCCUUCAACCAUGAGCAAGCCAGGAGUGUUUGACAGCAGUCUACCACUCUUUCAAAAUAUAGACAGAGAUGGUCACUUCCCAGUAAAUUGGCCAGAUGAGGUAUGGUCUAAUUUCCAAGUGGAAAAAACAGAUGGACAGCUGAAAUAUGUUGAAGAGCCAAGUCUUAAAGGAACUGAAAAUAACAUUGUUCUAAAGGCUGAGCCCUUUGGUGAGGCUGAUGAAAGUGAUGAUGAAGAUUCAGACCGGGAAUCCCUUUUUGAUGAAAAUGGAGAACUUUGGUACAUGAAGAAGUAUAAUGAGAUUCGCAUGAAACACAAUCCAGGUAUGCCAGAAAGACAGCCUCGUAGGAUUGGUCCAUAUUAUAUCAGAUAUGACAAGUUUCCUGAGUACUUCCUCUCUGUUAAAUCCUUAGAUGACAGUGAUGAUAGCAGCGUUGGUAUCCUUGAUGAUGAUGAUUUGGAAGAAGUAAUAAAACAGGCAGAUGAUUUGGAUAAGGAUGACCCAGAAUAUGAUGAAGCGAUGAAAUUCAUUGAAAGCCAAAAGAGAAAGAAAGGAAUUGUCGAUGAAGGGAUGGAAACCAUUGAAAAUAAGGAGGCAGUUGGACCUGAGUUUCAGUUGGUCCAUGAAAGUUAUUAUGGUGAUUUAGAAUUUUUCAUUCUAUACCCAAGUCCUAUACAACACCAUAAUGGGAGCGUCUGUAUUGUCCAUGAUGCUACACAAACAUAUCUGAGUGACUCCAGUGGUUCAAUCUCUCUUUUCGUUGGGAAUGUUUCUUCGCUUGAAAAUAAUGAAUCCAUUGAAGCAGUCCAAAGCACUGAGAUGAAAUUAACAGAUAUGGAUAACAAAACGUGUACAAAAGUUUUCAUUCGAGGAGCUACUCAGGAAAUAUCAAAUAAUUACCUGGCACCUGUACAGAUAUCUCAGGAGGAUCGAGAAAAUAAAAAAGAAUUUAAGGUGAACUUGGGGUACUCCAUCCAACCUAAACAAUUAGAAAAAGAUGAGAAUGGUGUAACACCAUUUAGCUGGUCAUUUGCUUAUUCAAAAGUAAAGUCUUCAGACUCUGAUGUGUGCUGGAAAGUGUGGGAGUUUGGCCCUGUGUUAGAAAAUGAUGAUGAUGUCCAGACCAGUGACAUUAAACCAUAUGAUCCUAAAAUAGAAGAUCAAGAGGAGAAGGAGCGCAAUAAGCCAGGUUACAAGUUAAGCAAAUGCGGCAGUGUAGUCACUGUGUUUGUAUACAGAAGAGGGAAGGAGGAUGACUCGACCUAUAAUUAUGAAAGUUCUGUCGACUUUCAAACUGAAGAUGAUACUGCUAAGGGUGUCAGCCGAGUAGAUGACGAUGAAGAGAUGUUUGAUUUUAUCAAAGCCUCUGGCACAAUCAAACUGAGGAGUGUCAGUUAUAUUGGCAUAAACAAUUAUAGAGUUUCACGUUUGAGCUUCAAAAUCGGAAUUGUGAAUGAGGAGAAACAAUUUAAAGUAAAACUGUUAAAUCCUUCCUUUGGUGGUAAGCUUGGUUACCAUGACAACAUUAGCAUCACAAUAAAGCCCAGAGAAGGCUCUAAUAGUGGUAGCUUACCCAUACACACUUUGGACUUUGCCAAUAAUAUCCUCAUGAAUGACAAAAUUAUGAAAGAACUGCAUGAAAAAAAGAACUACUUUAGCUCAUUGAAAUAUGUGAAUCUCAGCGGAUGUAUACACUUGUCAGAUUAUGGAGUGAAGUGGCUUGGUGAUAUUUUGCUCUGCAGCAAAUCCCUACGCAAGGUUAUACUAGAUGGUUGCACUGACUUGACAGAGAAGUCUCUCAUAGAACUGGUGAACUCUUGCCCUGGAACAUGUAAACUCUCCCUGAUUGGUACAAGAGUGACCUUUGACCUCACCAAUACACUGGAUCGCAAUAUGAGACUCUUUGGCUGCACGAUUAUCAACGCUGAACCACAGGUUUCUCAGUGUGUUGGGUACAAAGAGAUGCAGCUGGAUGUGAGGAGUGACCUCCUGUCCCCUGAAGUCAAUGGAGUGUAUAUACAUCAGCCUAGCUCUAGCAAAGACAAGCCAGUGUUUAAACACAAAAAGUCUGAAUUCUUUCUGUAUUCCGCCCAGUUUGAAUGGAGGAUCGGGGAUAGUUUAUCAGAAGAAUAUUCGCAGCCAUAUCACAGUAUUCUGAACACUAUUGUCCAAAAUCGUGACGAAAGCAAACCUUUAAAGAAUGUGAUUGCUCGUGUAUUCCAAAAUGCUGAUACUCCUGAGGAUAUUGACAGGCCCUGGGAGGUGAAUCUCAAUGGAACAUGGAUUCAGGACAAAAACUUCAUGAUUAGACAAGCAAAGAUUAUUGAAGAGAGAAAAACUGGAGUAAAAUUAAAUACCAUUGAAAAAGUUCCUUUAGUAGUCUAUAACACUGGCUCAACAAAGUAUAGUGUACUCAAACACAUACUAGAUGACAGUGUGGGGGACUAUGAUUUCUCAACCCAGGGAGCAAGUUAUUUGAUCGCAGACAGAUAUGUUGGCAUUGAAAUGAAUUCUACAAAUGUGAAUUAUGAUCUUCUACGCAAACUGAGGAGCAGUCCAAGGAUUCUGACCUACAAUGCUGAUGGUGUGUCAGAUUCUUUGAAGCUAGAACUUCAGCAAAUCAUUGCACAUAUGGUCAUUAAUGAGAGUGUUCCGACUGCCUUGAAGCCCCGCUAUGGCGAACCUUUACAUAGGGUAAAGUCCUGUGUGUAUUUUGAGGCCCUGUCAAAUGGAACAUUCAUUGCCCCUAGUGGAUAUGGUGUGAUUUCAUUCACUAGUCCAUUCUCUAAGGCCCUCAAUUACAUAGAGUUUGAUAUCAUUGAAAGUGGAGGAAAGAUAGUGAACCUGAACCUUGCGCUCCAAUGUCACCAUUUAGUUGGUGUAUAUAAUGAUUCAAAUCCAACUGAAUAUGAGUUACGUGCAGUACAGGGUGACCGAGUUGGUAUGGGAAUCGUUUUCCCAGAAACCCACGUGGAAAACAGUCUUCAAUUAGAUGGCGAGGAAUACACAGUGUACUACACACUAAAUGGAAGAAUCGUAUCAGAGGAAACAAUUGAAUCAGAUAAUGAAUAUAUUCCUGCUGUCAGUAUGAUGUGUAAAAUGACUCCUGUCACGUUAAAGUUCCACAGCCUUAUCAAGCCGCCAGAGGAUUACCAAAUUGAUAUUUCAUGUAUUAAGAAGGGGUUGUUACUACACCUGACUAUAGAUGACUCUGGCAUCCUGACCAAAGUAAAUGAUAUUGAAGAUAAGGGCCUUUUCUGUGCUUCAACAAGCCUCAAACCCUGUUGCUCUAGCUUCACAGUUGAGGUAAUCACCCUUGAAUCUGAUGAAGAUGAUACCACAACAGGUAAAAAGAAGAAAAGAGGAGAAUUUGAUUGCUACUUUGGCUUCAUUCAUGAGGCAUUUAGUCCAGAUGAUAUCGAUCUGGCAAGGAUGGAUGGCUCUUUCAUUUACGAUGCUGAUAAAAACAAGAUUGUGAGUAAUGGAAAUGAAACGAAGAAAAAACUGAAGAAAACUGAGAAACUGAAGGUUGGUGACAUAUUUAAGAUCGAAAUGGAGAACCUAAAAGGGAGUAUUCUGUUUGUUGGAGACAACCCUAAGAUUAACAUAUACAAGAAUGACAAUGAAUUGCUAUACAGUGAGUCAUGGCAAACAGGGACAAAUGGAGAUGACUCAGAUGAUGAUACGCCUAUUGCAGUUCGUAUUGUACCAGCCAUCAACAUUGGCACAGGAGUACAAGUGAAGAUUCUGAACUACGAGCCUGACUACACACUACAGAAAGCAUACUGGGCCAGUAGAAACAUCUCUAAAGGUCUUACAUACAAGAUGAAUGUCUACAAUGAUGGAACAAUACAAGGAGAUCCUGACCAGAGUAAAUUCCCCACAUUUCUGGCUUUAAACUCUCUAAGCAGAUGGAACUCAAAGUUUCAGGUGGACUUAGGUAAGCUGAUCAUACCUCGUGAUCCUGAUGGCAGUGAUGCUCAGAUUCUCUUUGAAACCAUUGGUAUAGGAUUAGCCCAUGCUCACCACCCACUAAACUGCCAACCCUCUACAUCUGGUCCUGGGUCGUUAUUCGUAGAGAUCAGGAACGGGCAAUCAGGAUUGAUACUUAUGUCAGUAUCGUGUCACAAAAGUCUACGCCAGCAAGUAGAAUUUGAGGAAGAAAACAUAUACAAGGCAUCAACUCCUGACGAUAUUAACAAUAAAAUAUUGAAGAUUCAACUAGAUUUACAUGAGGAGUUGGAAAUGUCUAUAGAGGGAAUUCCUUUGCCAAACCAGCUUAUCCCUUUCUCUGUGUAUCUCGAUGAUGAUAAGGUUGUUAGCAGCACACAUUACUAUGUUGGAGGAGGGCUCCACCCGCUAGUUGUAUUUAAAUACAAUUCAAUGUGUUACUACACUCAAUAUAAAGGGAGACGUCCAAAGUUGAAGAUUCUCAACUACAGAGAUCAUGAGAUACAGGCUGAUUCUACUCAACAGAGCACAGAAGUAGGCAGUCCAUUUAUUUUGGUUGGUCACUCAGACAAACCUAAGCUGGAUAAGAAUAGUACAGAGAACAGAAAUGCAAAUGAAGAAAAUAAACAUCCAGAUGAUGAAAAGAAAGACACGGAUGAAGAAGAGAAAGAUAAAGAUGAAAAACAGAAAGACAUAAAUGGCGCAGAGAAUACAGACUCAAAUGAAGAAAAUGAACAAUCAGAUGAUGAAGAGGAAGACACGGAUGAAGAAAAGGAAGACGUAAAUGAUAUUAUGAGUGAUCUUGGGGUCCGAUUAGAUUUCCAGGAGAUGAUAACUGAGUUAGAGAAUACAUUGACUACGAUCAGAGGGAAGACUUCGGUGACAUUUAAAGAGCAACGUUACUUUACACAGACAUAUGAAGCCAUGCAAAGACUGAUCCAGCUCCAGGAUAAUCUUAAAUCUAGGAUUACCACACAUAUUGUGCAUCAACAUGAUGAAAAGGACUAUAAAGCUCUUUCAAAACUUGUGCGUAGGUUAGAAAAGAGUCACUUGGAGGAUAUACAGUACCUUUACCAAUUCACCCCUGAUGUUGCAUCACAAAUUACAGAUAUACUCAACUUGGAAAGGAAAGUUGUCAGUUUUGAUGAGGUGGCGGCAAAAUUCAAGAGCAAACAACUUUGUAUGGUGUGCCUCAAACACAUGGAGCAGUGGGGCUGUAUACAAAUUUUGGACUUCAUUCCACAGCAAUUAAUCGUAUUAGAUAUUGGUUGGUUCAUGAGAACAUUAGACUUGAUAAGAAGUGAAUGUAACAAGAGCAUCCCAUUGGACAAAGUCCUAGCAGUUGAGGAAGGGACCAAAGUAGUAGAUAUGGAAGGAGUGAAAACCAUUCUGAGCAAACAGACCUCCAGUGAAGUAGAGAUUGAGCUUCUUCUAAAGGCUGUAUGGCAAUUACCUGGUAUGACACGUGUAUCAAGUGUCCGAGAGAGUGUCAUGGAUGAGACACACUGUAUUGUGUCAUCAGAGAAUCUUGCUGACAAACCUCCCUGUCCAUUGACGAUGUACUGCCCAGAAGCAUCAGAUGGGCUUUUGAAGAGAAAUAUGACACUGGCAUUCCCAUUUAUUACCCAGAAGGCUUUGCACAGUAUUGUCGCAAAAUGGCUAUUAAAAAUAGGCAACAUUGAAAUGAUAUGGUCUGGUGGAAUUGUGUUAUGUCAUGAAGCUGUUGAGAUUGUGGUGACAUCUACAGAGAGAAAACAAGGUGGAGCUGAGCUGAAGGUGUUGUUCCAAAUCAUGGACAUCUCUCCUUCAAUGUCCAUACAAUCAAGUCAGCAUUUACAUAAGGUCAUGUCUUUGGUAAGGAAUCUACUGGAGUUCAGAUUUCUGAGCGAAAAGAUUGUCUACAUUGACACUAACGCAGAAGGCUCUGGAGAAGUUCUAGACACUGCACCUUUGAAAGUCAUCUCCAUUGGCCACAAACAUAGCUUCACACAAGAAAAUGAACAUUCUCCAACCAUUUGUCUAUCAUGUCACAACUGUGCGGAGAAUGGAGCAGGAUGUAGAUACCAAGGCAUUAUGGGAAUGGAUCCAUAUCGUUGUGAAUGUGGAACAGAUGUAACUACAUGCAGUGAAUGUGGAAUGUGCUUGGCAUGUGUACAGCUGUUAUGGGGCAUUCAAACAUGGAUGUCACCUAGCAACGCUCCCAAGACAAUUGACAACAAUGUUCCCAUAGAGAUAGGAACCUCAGAUGAAGUCAAUGUCACAAUUACUGGAAUAUCCCCUGUUGCUGUUGCUCUGCUGAACAAAACAUCAGAUGUGAGGUUACAUCUACUACCAGGUCCUCCAUGUAUGUUCCCUAGUCAUAGGUGGAGGGAUGCCAGAAUGCCUUUAAUGGCAUAUUCUCCCUCAAGGCUUAGUCUGACACAGGGAGAUGUAUGCACAGUCAGACUUCUCUCAAAGCCAACAAUCUCAGGGAAGAAAUAUGACUGGCAGAGUAAAGUUAAAGAGUCUGCGUUCACAGUGUUCAAUGACUUACUAUACUGGGCACCAAGUCAGUUAAUAACAAGGAAAGGGGGGUCAACUGUUCUAGAUAUGGCUGGUUUAUGUGUAGGCGCCACAGAGAUAACCUCUGAAAGAAACUCUUUCACAUUAGAAUUUCUUAAUGUGAAUUUGGAUCACAUGGGAUAUAUUGGUGUGUGUACACAACCAGGCGCUGGUUCAACCUCACGUGAUGACUACUCUACAAUGUUCUGUAUUGGAUCAACAAAGACAUGGGCCAAUACAUCAACUCUUUACUCCAUUAAUCGUCAUGUCGUGCCUAUAAGUGAAAUACAAGAUGGCUGCCUCACUUGUAAAGUGGAAUUUACGAGCAAUAAGGAGAGACUGGUUACUCUCAUUUCAAGGGAUGGCAAGGAGUUAAAGACAUUCACAGUGACAAAUGAAGAACCCCUUUACCCAGCAUUCAUAGUGCCACUUGACCAAUCAGCUGUUCUAUUGGAUAGUGAUGUAUGGGUGAGAGAAAAGAACAGCUUACCUGUAUUUAAACCCAGUAACCCAGAAGACCAUGAUAAUGAGGACAAACUUGUGAAACCAGGCUUUGAACUAAGUCCAAAGUCUGUGCUAUUGUUUGAUGACAUCACAAGUAAUGGGACUAAUACAGAAGCAUACAUCAAGAUUGUCAACACGUCACUCAAUAAAGUACUAGCCUUCAAGUUUCAAACCACAAUGCCCAAGAUCAACCUUAUUAGGCCAAAUGCUGGGUAUCUCGCUGUUGGAGAGAUCAAGAUGAUUGCAAUAAAAACAAGAACAGAUUCCAAAGAAGAGUUGAAUGAUAUGAUUACUCAGAUUAAAGUCCGAGUCAUGCUUCAGUUUGUUGACUCCAAGGACAGUGUGGCAGAUUGGAGUAACACACGAGAAAUAGACAAAAACACCUGGAAGUGCCGCUUGGAUAAAAGGAACAAAGAUGUUGUUUUCCCAGAAGUUAAGCUACUGAAGAAAGGUUCAAAGACUAUGAAGAAACAGGGUUUCUGCUGUGUUGAAGUGUUGAAAAACCAAGAGAGUGUGGGACAAUACCUUAUACCAGAAGCUGAGUAUGUAGUUGCUGUCUCCUCUGAAGACAAGGAAUCAAACACAGUUGUGUCAUCCCCAAAACAAGUGGGAGAUCCCUCUGAGGAUAGUCUGGGUACAGUGGAGAGGAAAGAGUUAACCUGUAAACCAAAUAUGACUAAGAUGCAUAGAGACUCUCUAGAAGGGAACUUAAAUCUGAACAUUAUGGGACCAACUCUUGCUGAAACAGAGGCACUACUUUAUACAAUCUUGCCCAGGGAUCUUGAUGACUCAUUUCUUCAAUAUCCUUCCACUGCAAAAAUAGUCCAGUCAGAAAAGGCUGUACAUGUUUUAUGCUCAUCAGUAUCUGGGAACAGACAUGAGGAGACAUCUGAUGAGCCUGUUCACUUCAUUGAUGUUAAGGGAUUAUUGCCUGAUACACCACCUGACACUAUCUCCAGUGGGUUGGUGCAUGCAUAUAUCUAUGCUGUUAUAGCUUCUAAGAAGAUAAUCCUCCCAUCUAUAGAGAACUUAUUACCAUUGUGCAAGAAACUCCCAAGACAUGUUAUCCAACAUCAAAUGGCAAAGAUUAUUGAUACACUCCACUGGCUUCAUGUGUUAGAAUUGGACCAGAAAACACUUGACCGCAAUGACCUCUUUUCACAGGAUAUGGAACCAUAUAUCGCAUAUUAUAAACAGCAUCUACAAAGCCACGUGAAAAAUUCUAGCAUCAAAUCCAUCUUGUGUGAAGAUUCUGACUCUACGAAUUUUGGGAUGUGUCAAACGCACGUUCAAUAUGCAUAUCACAAUGGCUGGACCAUGGAUGAUAUUGAUGACAGCACAAAGAUGGAUUUUGAGACAAAUCUGACAUAUUCGGGCUUGAUUGAACAUCUUAAUUGUGUGGCUGGUUUCAUGCCAAAACUCCCUAUGAAUCUAUUCAGUUUAUUUUGCAAUAUUUCUUCGAUGAAUCUGCACGAUUCCGGGAAUUUGACUGAACUUCCUGAUGACAUCACCAACUGUCAAAAUCUCUGUGAGUUCAACAUUGAAAAUAGCGCCAUUAAAGUUUUGCCUGAAGGUUUAACAAAAUGCCGAAAAAUCACGAGGAUAAACUGCAUGAAUUGCGACAUCACAGAGCUGCCUGAUUGGACAAACGAUAACAAAGUGAAGGAGAUGAAUCUGAACCACUCCCUGCUAACGUGCAUCCCAAAGACAAUCCAGAACCUUACAAGCCUGGUGAAGUUGACAUUGAAUGGGACAGCAGUAAUGCGUCUCCCAACAGAGUUCAGUAUGUUACAGAGUUUAGAACACUUAGAGAUAUCAGGUAUUGCUUGGAAGUCAUACCACACCACAUAUGAAAAUACACUUAGUAGAGAUGGAUAUAUGGAAUUCUGUAGGGCACAUCGUAUCAAUCACUAUCUCUCUGACCAGGAGCUUCUUGAUUUGUUCCAAGAAUGUGACAUCAACCACAAUGGUGAACUGGACACCAAGGAACUGGCUGGCCUCAAUGCGAGAAUAUUCUAUGCCUCGCCACGUGUGGGUUUGGACUAUAAAGACGGUGAUAAGUACGGGGGCAUUCCAGCUUGUAUCUUCACCCUAAGAUCUCUGAAACUUUUAAAGUUAGAAUACCAGGCUAUAAGGUUCAUCCCUAAGGAAAUAGAGUACUUGACAAAGUUAGAGCACCUCUGGCUGAACAGUAAUCCACUAUUAGAGUCCCUACCUGGGGAGAUGGGGAUACUCCGAAAAAUCAAACGUAUUGGUAUAAACUACUGCCCAUCAUUGCGUACACCUCCCAAUGAGAUUGUAAGCCAGGGAGAUGAAGCGGUUAUAGCGUACUUGAAGAGAUUGGCAGGUGGAUUCUCUGAAUGUCACAGGACCAAACUUAUGUUAGUUGGACUUGGAGGUGCAGGGAAAACAAGUAUAUUGCGUGCUCUGAUGAGUAAAACCCACAAGACGGAGGCCUUAACAAGUGAGCAGAUCACAGAUGGAAUAGACAUACAGACCUGGACAGUGAAGGGACAUAGCAAAGAAGCAAUAACAUUCAACACUUGGGACUUUGCUGGGCAGACAGUUUAUUACAACACACAUCAAUUUUUCUUAUCCAAUCGUGCUGUGUACUUGUUGCUAUGGACAACCAGACUUGGUUACGAGCAUGCAGGUUUAGACUUCUGGCUGAGUUCUAUUGCAUGUCACGCUCCCAAUGCCCCAAUAUUUGUAGUAGGAACCCAUUGUGAUCAGGUGUCCAAGUAUGAGAUCCCUGUGCAGAAGUUACAGAAGAGAUACCCACAGAUCCUAGGCUUUCACUUUGUCAGCUCUAUUGUUGGCACAGGAAUAGCUGAGCUGGAAAGAGAUCUGGUGCAGACCACCCUACAGCAACAGUACAUGGGGGAAAAGAUACCACAAGUUUACCUGAAUCUAGAGGACAAGAUACUCUCAAAAAGGAAAACAGAGAGUGUUAUAAGCUGGGACCAAAUCAAGCAAUAUGCUAUAGAUGUGGGCAUCUUUGAUGACAAUGAUAUCAAACAGGCUGUACAGUUCUUGAAUGAUCUUGGAACUUUACAGUAUUUUGACAAUGAGUUUCUUAAAGACCACAUAGUAAUUAAUCCACAAUGGAUUGUUGAUGUCAUGGCUAGUGUAGUCUCAGUUAAAGAUUCUCCUAUACAGGAUGGUCGACUGCAGCAUUCUGAGAUUGGAAAAGUGUGGAAGAAAUAUCCAGCCAAGCUACAUGAUUGGUUGCUUAGACUGACAGAAGAGUUUGACUUGACGUUUCCCCUCCCUGACAUUCCUGUUAAUCUUGUACCCUGCCUCCUUCCAGACAAAGAACCAGAGGAUGUUUGGCCAGCCAUCAGUACACAGGAAGGGGUCCGUGAAACUAAGGCUGUCUACAGCUUUGUGUACCUUCCAGUAGGGCUGUUUAACAGGGCACAGGUGCGACUCUUCCAGUUCUCGGACAGUAAAGCAAUAUGGAAACAAGGAUCCCUUCUCAAGAAGAAUGACCAUCUAGCCUUGAUUCAACAACAGAGUGAGCAAAACUUGAUAGUGAAAGUUCAGGGCCAGAGACCAGAAAAUAUCCUACUGCUGAUUCAUGAAGUUUUUGAGACUCUAAUACAAGAGGCCUACAGGGGUGUGCAUUACGACUUCUUAUUGCCAUGUCCUGAUUGUCUGAAUAAAGCAGGUACUUUAGACCCAUGUUUGUUCCAAUGUACGCUUAUACGACAUGCAGUAGACAUGAAGGCCCCUUACCUACAGUGCAAUAAAUACUUCCAUGCUGUUCCUAUGGCAGAAAUGCAAGCAAUGCUACCCCCAGACCCCACCACUGACCUUGACCUACAUCUCCAGAAAAGUUUCGAUGCUCUAGAAGAACUCCAUAGUACCCUUACAACAGAUAUCUUUGUAAGUUUCUGUGUAAAGGACACUCCUAGGAUGUCAGAGACAGACGUAGUGGACCACAUGCAAGUUGUACAGGAUCUCUCAGAAGAUGAUUAUACAUUGUGGUAUGAUGAGGACAAUACAGAGACUAACUUCAGCAAAGUAGCCCUAGCUCUGCAAGAUUCAAAGAUGAUGCUUAUUUUUAUGUCUUCUGACUAUGAAAAAGAUGAGAAAUGCUUCAAGACAUUUCACUAUGGGACACAGACUUUGCAGAAACCAUUUAUCUUGGUGGUGGUAGGGCAAAGUAUGGAAUGGCAGAAAACACAUCUUGGCAUGCUCAUUGGACCACAGGAGGUGUUUGUGAAUAUGAGGCAGAAAGAGCGCUACCCACAUAAGAUUGAGGAAUUAAAAACAAUGGUCGCUGACAAACUUGGUUCCAUUGACAAGGAGGAGAAUGACAAUGAUGGCCAGUUGGUGUUCAUAAGCUAUUGUUGGUCAAACUCCCAUGAUGCAAUACGACGUGGAAGCAAGAAAAUCCAGGGGGCGCUAGGAGCAUUUGACCCCCGUGAGAUCAAGAAUAAGCUGGAGGAGAACGGGAUCAAAUGUUGGAUUGACAUAGAGAAUAUUAAGAAAGGAUUAUUUGAAGAUAUAAUCGGUGGAAUAAAGAAAGCAGAUGUGGUGCUAGCGUGUAUAUCUAAGGAGUAUGCUAACUCAAAGAACUGCAUGAGGGAACUUCACUUUGCUGCCAACACCAUGAACAAGCCAGUUGUGUUUGCUGUGGUGGGCACUGGGGAUGAAUGGGAACGUUCUGAGAUCAAUUUUGUAUUUGGAACAGAUAAGCCUCCAAAGAUCAACUUUCAAGAGGAAUGGUCUGACAAACUGAUCCCAAGAUUGGUUGCUAAGCUACAAGAGAAACUGGCCAAUCAGAAAGAGAAAAAGGAACAUGAGCAAAUGAAAUCAUCAACAAAAGAUAAACAUAAAACCAGCAAGAAUGAGAAGGUUUCACUCUAUGAGGAGUAUGAAUUAGCUCAGCGUAAGUUUCUGCGUCAGAUUAUUGCAUAUUCCAGGACUAUGGGAAACUCCAGUUAUCCACGUUUACAUGUCCUUGACUUCAAUAGACCAGAUAUCAAGAAAACUGAUGUAUCUGAAAAAAUAGAGGAAACAGAUGAAGCAGACGAUAGCCCAAGGUCAAGGUCAACUUCAAGACAACAGUCCAGCAAGAGGCCAAAGUCAUCUAGAGUUAAAUCUGCUGUGAAGCGUCGUAACACAACAAUGGGCUCUUUGAUGUCACUGAAGUCUGCAAAAGAUGACCAGAAGACUUGGUUGGAUGAAGAGUUGUGUAUAAGACUGUUAUGUGAACAUGAACAGGGAUGGCAUGUUACUGGUGACCCUAUACCUGUACACUAUGAGGAUAAGAGCCACAGUAAACUGAGUAUAGUCGAGAAGACAGGGGGAUAUCUGGCCAGAAUGUAUGCCCUGCUAGCACACAGUGGCGUUGAUCUGACCUGCUUCUCAGGGGAUAUUGGCAAAGAGUUUCUUUCUGACAUCGACGAGGCUGCCAUAGAAACAGAGGAGAUGGUGAACAUCUGCACUUCUUACUGUAACCUCCGUGCUCUCAGCAUAGAUAUGGACCAGCAUAGCAUUAAGGCAAAUAUGCGCAGAUGCCAUCUGCCUACUGGACAAAUAAGAUGGCUAUGCAAGGAACACCAGGGGGCGCCACGUGUCACAGUUCUCAGUGUCACAACUUCUAAAUCGGACGCCACAAAUCGCAACAUUACAGAGGAAGAUAUCUUACUCAAGGAACAGCUGGGGUCACAUAGCCAUUUGGGUGAGAAAUAUUUAGAGAUGCGGCCUGGUUCCACCGAACAGCAGCUAGAUUUUGGAUGUUGGUCAGAUGAUGAUGAUUUUACAUCUACAUCGAACACAAAUCAGAACAUGAAGAACAAUCUUACUGCAACUCAGCAACCAGGGAACCAUGACAACCAUGACACACCACAUAGCAAUAAUGAAUUACCCCAAACAAAUGCUUCAAAUAAUGAAUCUGAUAAAACACAUAGAUCUGGUAGUAGAACUGUCUCAGAUUCAACGUUCAAACAAGAAGAGUCUUCAUUGGAGAAAACCCAUGCUCCAUCAAGUGUAAAUAAUUCUUCAGCGACCAGUUCGCCUGUUUCAGGGGACACACAUAUUAAGAAAGCAAUUGCAGAACUAAGUCAAUUGGAUGAUAUGAAGCGACAGUUUAGUGAAGAAGAAGUGAAACGUUUUCAGAAAGCAGGACAGUUAAUCGCUGCAACAACUGCUAAUCCUACAAGUAGAGCAUGUGCUAUACUAUAACUUCUCAUUUAUCCAACAAGAAGCCAUAACCCUGAUAUUAUAAAGAUUAAUGUGAUACUUUCACUUAUUACCAUCCUGACAUGUUAAUAGUAAUAAAUCAUUUAUCAAGCAAUUCAUGGUAAUACAUGAUAUUUACUGAUAUUCCUUUAUAAACUGAGUAUAUCUCAGGCCCGUAGCCAGGAUUUGCCAAGGGGGGGUUCAGUUUUCAAAAAUUUCCAGGGGGGGGUUCACAUUUG